AUGCAGGCAAAUCACAACUACAGUAUUCAACCACAUGGCGUCUUCUUCAACAAGUCUAAUGAGGGAGCCUUAUACCAAGAUCAUACAUCCGGGGCUGAAAAAGCCGAUGAUAUUGUGCAACCAGGCCAUAUUUACACUUACCGGUGGACUGUACCCGAGCAUGUGGGGCCAACAAAUGCUGACGCACAAUGUGUCACGUGGUUAUACUAUUCAAGCGUAGAUCCAGUUAAGGAUACUUAUUCUGGUGAGUUUCGAGUAUUAAGCUAUUCCCUCUGAGAGAAUAAACAGUCACUUGCAGAGAGUAACUCGCAUACGAAGCGCUAUUUUCCCGCGCUUGCAUGCGGCUGCAUGUUUUCCCGCUGUUUGGUAGUAGUAGGGAGCUUUAGGAUCUACGACGCCCACUAGUUAUUCAGUUGAAGUACUUUCCCGUGUUACCCUCGUUAAAUAAAGUUGACUAUUAUUAUUAUUAUUAUUAUUAUUAUUAUUAUUAAAACAGCGAAAUCGUCACAAAAAGUAAAUUCGCGCUGCUUCAAACUUAUUCGCUUUUAUUCGAUCUCGUUCAAUUUGUUAAAUAAUGGGGGAAGUUAAUUUCUGGAGUUGAAUUCUAAAAGACCGUAUCUAAAUUCAUUAAAUCGUUUUCUCGUGUUCAUGUCCUUCAUAAAACGUGAAAUUAGGUACUUUAACGUCGUAAUCGUGCAACAACAGCAGAGUAAGCCACGAAAAGGCCUGAUGUACUUGCAGAGUUGUUGUUUUGCUUAUCUAAACCUACUGCUUUUUUGCCGUUGGCUCGUUGCCGUGUCUCCUGAGUCUUUGCUAAAGACCCCCUUAUGCCUAGUAAGCGCAGUUGCCAUCGGCUCCCAGGUUUUCCGAAGUGUGUCCAGUUACUUCAAUUUUGUUAUUCGUUUAGACUUUCGCAUAGCCAUUCAAACACAUAUCUAACAUAGUUUAGGUUUUUUCUUAUGUAGGUCUAUUUGGUCCGUUGCUAACGUGCAAAAAGGGAUCGCUGAACGAUGACAACACACAGAAAAACAUCGACAAAGAAUUUGUUCUACUUUUCACCGUCACAGACGAAAGUGGCUCAUGGUAUCAUGAUGAAAACAAGAAAAAAGCGCAAAACUGGCAACAGAUAAAUGAUGGUAUGCUAGAAACAAUCUAAAAAAUCCUAAUUUAUUCUAUAUGUCUAUUGACCUGCUCCCCUCCUUUUUCUAAGGUUAUGUUCACUCUGUACCGGAUAGCUUUUGCGCUGGCGUGAAAGCCGUACCAGAUAGGGCUUCUACUCACAUAUAAGAACAGUAAUUUUUGGUGCGAUUUUUGUAACUGAGUGAAGCUUCGCCUCGCUAAUCUCGAGGUGGAGCGUCACAUAUCGGAUAGGCUUUGUGCCACACUUUGCUGCAGUGUGAACGCCGGACCGUAGAGGAAGUGAAUAACAGGAACGAGGAGUGGCAUGAAAUCCAUAGAGACGGAAGUAAAUAUUCAGUAGUGAGGACUGGAUUUUACUUUACCCUUUCGGCCAACCGCUCAGGCAUGAUGUUCGAUGUGUCUGAACGAUUUGUUCCAGUUUUUUGCCGUUGCUGAAUGAAAUGAAUGAAGAGUCGUAGAUGAGAGGACAACAAACGUGCCCUCUUACAACAGUAAGCACGGACGUCAGCACACAAAGGCGCCACUGGGAGCCGCUUUCAGUCCGGCAUUUAUGAGCUUACUGUACCCACCCAACCCAUGAUGUGAAUGAUGUGAAUGUGCUGUUCACACUAUAUCUGAUAGAUUUUCGUGUCGGCACGAAAAGAUAUCCGGUAAUAGUGUGAACAGAGCGUAAGAGUAAAAGCCCCGGGAACGUUGUUGGGCUGUGAGGGCGCCGAUUCAUGUUUGCUUCCAAACGAGGGCGAGACCUAGACCAGGUGCAGCUUGGGUAUACGUUGAAAAUUUGGUGAGGCCAAAUUACCUGUUUUAAUUAGCCCCUAAUCGAGUGUUAAUUGAUCGCCAGUUUUUACUUCACGGUAUUAAAGGUAGAAUUCUCUUCACUUGCUGUUCGAAUGAAGAACUCUUCUGCCGACUCAAAGUAGAACAAAGCUUAGUGCUCUCAUUCACUAAGUGCCCUCCUUAGCUCUCGUCUUUUGUCUGUCUCCAUUGAAUUCACGAAACAAGAAAGAAACUGGGCCGAGUUAACUUUCGCAAAGAUUUCUGGGUCUGUUGCUAGGGACAGGAGAAACAAUAGCUCAAAAGCUGACCGCUGACCGCUGCAGCCGCGGUCCAAGAAACAAUUGGAAAAAUAAGACGCGUCUUACAUAAGACGCGAACUGUACCAUUUAUACGAGCUUGUCUUAUCUAAGACGAGAACAGCUCGUAUAAAUGGUUCACGUCUUAUUUCUGUUCUUGACUCGUUUUCAUGUGAAUAUUGCCCGUAGCAACGGCAAUCCAACGUGGCGCGCCAAAAAUUAACGCGUGCGUACUAUGCGCUCGCGUCUUAUGUAAGACGCGAAGGUCAUGUAUACGAAGUUUUUCUCGUCCUAGCUAAGACGCGUCUUAUCUAAGAACAGGUGUUAAGGGCUGUUCUAAAAUAAGACGCUUCUUAGCUGAGCUGCGUCUUAUUUUAGACGAAAUGUGCCGUUUAUACGGAAAGUUCGCGUCUUAUUUAAGACGCGUGCUAUGUAAGACGCGUCUUAUUUUUCCUCGUAUAAAUGGCCCUAUUUUGGCUCAAUUGUCUUCUCGUUUCUAAAGUGGCGAAUUGAUUUGUGAACAUUUCAGAAGAUGAAGAUUACCUCGAAAGUAAUAAAAUGCAUGGCGUCAACGGAUACUUGUACGCCAACCUACCCGGAUUACAGAUGUGCCUAGGCGAUAAAAUAUCCUGGCAUGUGAUCGGCCUUGGAAAUGAAGUGGACAUGCACACAGCCUACUUUUACGGAAACACCUUCCUGCAUGAUGGGAGUGUAAAAGACACACUCAGCUUACUGCCAGGUCAGUAUUUAGCCGGAGAGCUCCAGCUCCUAGCAACGACAAGAGCCACUUAAGUGUGAAAUUUAAGGGAAUGCUUUUGGAGUUGAAUUCAUGGGAAAUUCGCAGCCAAGUUUAGAUAGGGCAAGAAUAGUUUGUCGCUGUGUAUAUGUUGUGGCUCAAUUUUAUCCUUAGUUUAAAUUUUAUUUUCCUUGGUUUUGGUGUAUGGUGAUGUAUGAUAACGAGUUUAAAACAAAGGGUAAUAAAAUUUAAACAAGGAUAAAAUUGAACCACGACAUAUACGUCCGUAGCAGAGCGUGCAAAAGGGGGAAAUGGAAAAUCCGUUACUUUUCGCGUUUUCGAGCGACGUGGCUGUAGCUAAUUACAUCGCAUCUUCUGGUUCAGUGAUACAUUCAUGAUCUCAAUCGAUAGAAUUUUCCUGUAUCGACAAUACUCUGUAUUUGCAGUUUAUAGAACACGGAACCAGUGUUAUGAAAGGAUAGCGUCUCGUAAAUCUAAUGAGGAAGUAAUUUCCUUUGGACGAGGAACCUAAACUUGGUAGAGAGCCAUCAGACGAGUACAAAUCUCUGUUUAAUUAUCUUCAAUUUUGAGUAAGAACAUUCAUUGUUUGGUGUCAAGAGUACAGAGAAAGAAAUCCUUAUAGCUACAAAAAUUUUCACUCUAUUUUAGGCGUAUUUGCCACUCUAACAAUGACGCCUGAUAACGCGGGAGAAUGGGCGCUAGUCUGUCGGACAAAUGAUCACUACUCUGCGGGCAUGCAGGCUAAGUACACCGUCAGAAGCGAUUGUGGGAAAGCUCCUACCAAAAAGCCGUCUGGGAAAGUUCGUCGUUACUAUAUUGCUGCAGUUGAGGUGGAAUGGGACUACGCGCCCUCUGGUCAGGAUGUGCUGGAAGGAGUGCCGCUGGAAGAGAGCGAGUCAGUAUACAUGCAAAGCUUAUUUGGGUAGUUUUAAAUUGCGGGUCGAGUGUGAUUCGCUAAAAAUCCCGCGCUAUUGUUUUUGGACCAAUCAGAAGUACGACAGGGCCUGUGCGCGUUUUCUUAUGCGUGAUGCCAGCUAGGGUCUGGCUCACUAAGUUUCUCGCAUUCUAAUGACCCUCUUCCAUCUACAGUUUCCCUAUAACUAGUUAUAGCACUGCGAGGGUAUCCAAACAUGCGGCGGGAUACUGCCGCUAAGCGAAGUUUCGUUAGCCUGCAAACGCAGUCGUGUCAGUCCGCGUUCGUUGUGCUAAAGAUUUCGUCAUAACUCGACUGUGGGUACUUUUCUCUUUCAGUGAGGCAAAAACAUUCACAGCAGGAGGAGACGAUCGGAUAGGUCGAAAAUAUAAAAAAGUUGUGUAUCGUGAGUACACGAAUGCACAGUUUAAAGAGCAGAAAGAACGGACCGCAGCUGAUAAGCACUUGGGUGUACUGGGUCCAAUUUUACACGCUGAAGUUGGAGAUACGAUGGUGGUAGUGUUCAAGAAUAUGGCGUCAAGUGGAAUGAAAUUCUCCAUGCACCCGCAUGGCUUAUAUUACAGGUAUAAAGCAAUGUGCUUUUUGUCUUAUUUCUUGGAUGAUGUUUUUUUGAUAUCCGGAAUAAUCAAGGUCGAGGUAAGUGUUAUCAGCCGAAGCCGACGGCUGAGGCUGAUAACACUAACCGAGACCUUGAUUAUUUAGGAUAUCACAAAAACCGCGCGAAUCUAAUAAUUGUUUUAUUAUUAUUACAUUGUUUUGAAGAAAAUAACGACAAACACACCAUCGCAAGGAACCUGAAUUGAUAUUGUUAUUGGAAAUUAUGCAUUGCGCGCGCAACCUACAGACUAGUAAAUUAUCUGUCAGCAGAUAACUAACUAAUCUGCAAGUUGUGCUGAUUUCGAAAAUUAGCAGUAGGCUAAGAAGACAGAUAGUGAGUACAAUGUAUAAUAUCAUAGGUGACGAACUACUCCUUAAUUUUGGCGCGAAGUUUCAGCGUUAAUUUGUAAUUUCACAUGUGAAAUUACAAAAUUGCCGUGGCAACCAUCCGUACGUCUCAGUGUCAAGAUGGCGACUGAAGUUUUAAAAUGCUGUGAAUGAAGAUGUCAGGCACAAAAAGACGCUUUAGAAAACCUGAACACACAAGAGAACAUCAAGAAGGAUUCUAACAGAUAUUUUGCUGAAACUUUAUAAGCCAAAUUUAAGGUCUAAACAUUUGAGAGAGUGGAGUUCUCAUGAGUUCUCGAUCGAUACGAUCCAGGAUAAACAUGUCAAAAAUCUAAGAUUGCUAACAUAAGUCGUCACCCAUGAUAUUAAUAGGUAAUCAAAUGGUAUACUCGUGAAAUUAGGGAAUAAUUUCACUUGCGUUUUGUCCAAAUCCUAAUAAUUUCCCUCGCCUUAAGGCUCGGGAAAUUAUUAGGAUUUGGACAAAACGCGCGUGAAAUUAUUCCCUAAUUUCACUCGUCACAAUUUGAUUACACAUACUAAUAAACUGAAUAAUUAUUAGUGAAUGCAGGAAAGUCCUGGUCUUGAAGACACACUCGCUUUUCAGCUUCGGCCUAUGUAAGGGAUUCCGGAAUCCGGAAAAUUUUUGCUUGUGAAAUCUGGAAUCUUGGGCUUUGGAAUCCAGAAUACAGCUCAAGGAAUCCGGAACCCUCCUAACAAUUAGGAAUCCAGUACCUGGAAUCUGGAAUCCACGGUGUGGAAUCCAGAAUCCAAGAUGUUGUUUUCUAAUUGCUUUAGUGAAUCAGAACAAGAAGAGCAUAAAAAGUUGACGAUCCGGCGUCAUCGUUAAGCCAUUAUCAAGACUAUAUCUAAUUAAAUACAUUCGCAUAAUUUGUUUCUUAGAUAGUCUUGAUAGCGGCGUUACGAUGACGCCAAAAUUACGUCGACUUUUUACGCUCUUAUUUUCUCAUUGCGAUGUUAAGUUGCUGUUAUCGUUCUUUUCUUUUAUUUCUAGCAAAGGCUUUGAGGGAUCAGACUACAAAGAUGGCACAACUGGCAAAGAGAAAGCUGAUAACAGCGUACCUUCUGGUGAAGUGUUUACGUAUUCUUGGGAGGUCCCGGAACGCGCUGGGCCCGGAACAGAUGGCCCUUCCUGCUCCACAUGGGCCUAUUACUCAGAUGUUAACCCAAUAAAAGACACAAAUAGUGGUCUUGUGGGUCCACUUAUAGUCUGCAAAAAGGUGAGGAACAAUUGAUUGGCUGAUGUCUUACUCUGACUUAGUUAAUUAUUAUAAACAGAAAGUUACCAUUAUUGUGUUAUAUUGAUCAGGGACAUUUUUUUAUGGGAACAUUUUUGUUUCACGUCUAAAGUAAGACGCAUUUCUAAAUACCCGAUCAAAAGGCGUGACCGGCCUGUGGUAGCUCGGUUACUGCAUGCCCUGAUUUUCAGACAAUCCAGGAUGCUCUAAUGAUGCUAGUUUAAUAAAAGGUUGUAAUGUAAUUGGAGUGAGUAACAGACAAAAAAAUCCACCCGAAGGAUUUCGCUUAUUUUAUAGCCUUCUACAUCUACAUUCUAUAUGUAGAAUGUAGAUGUAAAAGGUUAUAAAAUAAGCGAAAUGCGGAAGGUGCAACAUGUAAAGAAGGUUAUAUUAUAAGCUGCUGUUUGGUGAAAUAAUUUUUUCGUAUGUCAUUUUAAUUUAUUAUUGUAUUACAGCAGGCUCGGUAAACCCUUGACUUUUGCGAAAAAGAAACCUUAAAUUGAAUUGACUUAUCUGUACAACACCAUAAUAGAGAGGUGUUAUGGAUGUUAAACGGUUGGGAUGUUCCUUAGUCCAGUUCUGGCCCCCCUCUCUCUAUCACACAACGCCGACGUUGCGUGGUAGAGAGAACAUAGACUAGAUGUUCCCCUCCGGGCUAUUACAAUUUUUCCUUGGGCGUUGAGCUCCACUCCUCCUUUGCGCUUUCGUUCUUAAUUCUAUUAGGAAGUUACAUGAAAACAAAUGAGGGUAAAGGGAUUUACCCUCUUGAUUUUAUGUAUGAGCAAGCAGGCUUGCUGACUUAUUGUUGUGAGCUUUCUCACGCUAAUCUUUGUGUUUCCUGUGGUUCCUUGGGUGUUCUGUCCCUAUUUAGGCUUUACAAUCUAGAUUUGUGUUUGUCAGGAUGAUUUUUGAAAGUGAAGAAUGAUCAUCGCAGUAAAUUUUCCAAUUUAAGCAAUUGGAAAGAAGAAGCCUGAAAAAAAGCUGAUUUUUUUUCAGGCUUCUUCUUUCCAAUUGCUUAAAUUGGAAAAUUUACUGCGAUGAUCAUUCUUCACUUUCAUCUACAACCGCAGUUCAGAAAUGAAUUAUUUCAUAUACUUCACAUCAGGAUGAUUUUUAGCAAGUAUGUCCAGCCUUAUCAUCAUAUAAAAUCUUUGUUCAAAAUUGUAACACCCUUGGUGCGUCAUUCUAAUUGCGCUAAGUUUGACACAUUGUGGCGCGCAAGAAGUUGCAAAUUAUGUUCGUUUGACUGUAAACUGGCCAAUAAUGACCCAAAUCAUAAAAAAAAUCGUAGCUGUAGGACCCUGCCGGGCUCCUGUAGUCCGUUAUUCCACAACUGUUAACUGCUGUAUAAGAUGCCAAGGGUCUGUAGUUUAAGCAGUAUUUAAAUGACAGUUCAUCGUUUCUCAGAUGAUGUUUUGAUGCCCAGCAUCUGCUCAGAGCAUUAUACUUACAAUUUGUAACUUCUAGUUUUACACUUUAUCAGGGUACUCUGAAGGAUUCAUAUACACGAAAGGAUGUAGAUCGUGAAUAUGCGCUUAUGUUUACUGUUCUGGAUGAGAAUGAGAGCUGGUACCUUGACAAAAACAUCGACACUUACUGCAAAAAACCAGGAAAUAAAGAGACUCUUAAGGGAAACGAAGACUUCAAGGAAAGCAACAAAAUGCACGGCAUCAACGGGUUUGUGUUUGGCAACUUGAAAGGACUGGAAAUGUAUCAGAAGGAAAAAGUAAACUGGUACCUGGUUGGUAUUGGAAACGAGGUUGAUAUGCACACGGUUCACUUUCAUGGGCAGACUUUCCUUCAUGUAAGUAACAUCAUAGAAUUAAUUUACAAUUUAUAACGGAUUAUAAUAGAAAUUAAGACCAGGGAUCAGAUUAAUAACACUUUUACACGUGUAAUUUACAAGUGUAGCCAUUGUUUUAGAGUCUGAAAACAAUAGCUAUACUUGUAAGUUACACCUGUAAAAGUUUUGUUAAAUUGACCCCUGUUUCAGUGCUACUGUUGUUCUAAGCUGGCUCAGCUUCAGCGCGAUUCUAGCGCGUGCAUGGCACGACUUGUUUUCGGACGUUGAAUUUAAUUCAGUAAAAUAGCUGUUGCGGCUGUUGCGGAAUAAAAAGCGGAUUAGUGAAAAUUUAUUAAUGUAUUUUAAUGUAUUUAUAAUUUAUGAAAUGAGUUCGGCACGGCAGUAGCAUGACGUUUAAAACAGGCCUAACCUUGCUUUGAUUUACAAGGCUGAAAAAAUUCGAAUUGACAUGGAAAUCAGCAUGUAGAUUUUGUUUUCAUCAGUUUCAUGUCAGUUCUCACUGAGGCCCAGACCUGCAUUUCGAUAAUCCAUAGGCUGAAAUGUCGUCUUUGCGACCUGUGAAUUAACCAAGAGCGCAGACUUCUGACUGGGAAGGGAGGAGGAGGAUAGGGAGAGAAGAGAAGAUCUUCUCAGAAUCAAGCAUACCUUUAACAGUUGUUUUUCUUCGGCAGAAACGUGUUGCAUACCAUCGUGAAGACGUGUAUGAUCUUUUCCCGGGAGUCUUUGCAACCGUGGAGAUGAUUCCUGACAGCGUUGGAGUCUGGAUGCUGCACUGUCACGUGAAUGAUCACAUGGUUGGCGGAAUGGAGACAACUUAUACUGUUAAGGGUAAGUUAAGUUUGUCUCAGUGAACGAACUGCAGCGCACAUGUGUCAGGCCAGAACAAUUCGGUCCUUUCUAAAACGGCGUUAGCCACGUGUAAAUGAUACCUGGGUGCUCUCUGGUUUCCAGAACGCACGUUUCCGGGAAAAUCAUCUGAGGAGAAGCGGUCAAGGAAAGGCUUUUCUCGGAAAGCGCAAAAAAAGAGAAAAAAACGAUUAAUCUCCAUAUUGAGCUCUCAUUUUAUUACUAGUAAUAACCGAAGGUUAGACGGAGUGCGGGCGACAGCGAUCGAAGGUCAAAACGCUUUCGCUCCAACGCUGUGCUUUGCCUAAAUUUCACGUGACAGAUAGUUAAAACACGCAUGAUCAGAUUACGAGUGAUGGAAGGUACAAACGCGCGUGGUAAAAUAGCGUUCUGUACAUUCCUUUCAUUCUUAGUGGGAGUCCAAACGAACGCUGGCUACGUACAUGCGACGCAUGCGUCAUAACGUCCUGGCCCGGGUUGCUCGAAGCAUGGUCAGUGCUUACCAGCGUUAAAUACCAUGGAAACCUAUACAUUUUGAUACCUCUUAACCAACGGUUAGCGCUAACCAGGCUUCGAGCAACCGGCCCCUGGACGUUAGGAUUGCGGGCUCCUCUUGUCGCCCGCAAUAAUGUACAUAGAUAUUAAUGACAAAACUGUAUUAAUUAGUAAUGAUUUGGAGAAACAUAAACAUAAAAAAACUAACGAAAUAAAGUUCCGACGUUUCGGCGAGAUCAUGACGCCAUUAUCAAGGAAUGGAAAUAAAUGCGAGUUCAAAUGAUUUUUGAAUACUUUAACGCCAUUUGAACUCUUAUUUAUUUCCAUUCCCUAAUAAUGGCGUCAUAAUGUCACCGAAAUGUCUGAACUUUAUUUCGUUAGGUUGUACAUGAUAAUAAAACUGUGUUAAUUCCAUGAAUUCAUAGAUGGUUCACUGAAGCCAACCACCGAUUUCAUUGGUCCAUUCAGUACCGCAGGCUCACCUUUGUCCAGCAGUUAUAUCAUCUGCUUGCUGAUAGCUGUUAUUGUGACUGUAUUUUGAAUGCUGUUUUGGAGAGGAAAGUAGACAGUAGAUUAGCUUUUAAUAGAAUUCUUUUAUAAUAGGUAGCUGACCAUAUGGCCCUUUUGAUCAGACUGUGAACUCACGUGACCGACUGAGCGACCGUAUGACUAACUCAUCAAAGAAUGAAUAUUUGAAAGACUGAACAACUGACAGACCACCGUAAAAACCUCCGUCUCCCGUACGGAUUGGUUAAUAAGGUAUAAUAAACCCACUCCUGCUGAUAAUCGGAUCUAAAUGUAGUCGAAAAAACUGACCGACCUUCCAACUCCGCGAGGACGACCGUGAGAGACUUACUCAUGAUAUAACCGCCAUCUUUGCAAGCGCGUGAAGACUGUUGGGAUGGAUGUAAACAAUGUCGUGUGGUCAUACGCAGAGCCGGGCUGGACAAACAAUCUUUCUUUUUAAGAUAUUAAAUUUUCGGGCUAGCGAGCGUGCUGUUUUUCUGGCAUGUAGUUGCUAUCUUUGAUUUUAUAAGCAGUGGAAGACUGGGCCAGAACCCAUUUACUCGUGCAGCACAACUCACGCGAAUCAUUGUAGUGCUUGUACGAUCACCAUAAAACGACUGCAUGAGAGGCUCGCUCAGGCUAAGAAUCAGCCAAUAAAAUCUGCCAGUACAAGCAACGCCGGUCCGAGUUUGUUUAUUCCUCCCAUGAAUAUUGGAAAACUCGACGGUAUAAAAGUUUUAUGGAUACGGUCUCUUCGUUCCAUGGUCAGGUCAUUCCAUUUUAUAGUCAGGUCGUUCCACAGUUUCAGUAUAAAACUCGAUGAGAUAAAGAGCGAUUGUUUUUGCUUUUUGGCUUAAAGAACGCGAGGUAUCCAUAUAAGUAAUACCUUUAUUUCUGCUUCUGGCUUUAAGACUUGUGAAAAAUUCUGGCUAUAUUGUGGAACGAUCCUACUCUUAAGUGAAAGAUCUGGCUUGGAACGAUCUGACCAUGGAACGAAAAGACCGGAUAACAUUUGUUUUCAUAAUUAGUUAUUUUCACCAUAACGACUGUACGACGAACCGCCUCGUGCUGGACAGCGAAUAUCCUACAGACAGACCAUGUGACCAUUGGAUUUUAAGGUGGUCAGUCUACAUGCAGAAGAGGUUUUUUUGUAGAAUAUUUAUCUAGGAACUAAAAGACGCUUUUUUAUGUUGAAUGUUUUGGAAUCAGACUGUUCUUAGGAUGAAGCUGCAGCAACGAAAAUAGCUUCCUGAACUCUUUAAAACACGAGUUUUUACUUCGAAUACUGAGUUCCUUGAUUUUAAGACAGUACAAUUUUAUUUUGCUCAGAAAAGAAAAAAAAAGAAGCAAAGAGCGCUUAAUGUAUAGAAACUUAAUGUAUUGAUAGUG